CGGGCUAGUUGGACGCCCGCAGGCCCAGAGGAAAGCCCCGCCGUCUCCUGCCGUUACCCGCGCGAGAAGGGGUUUCACGUGCGCGUCACGACUGAGAACAUGUCGGGGAGACGAUUCGCCGGUUGUAAAACGGUGCUCUGCGACCCGUAUGGCUGACGAGUCCGGCCCGGCCCGGUCCGGUCCGGCUCCACUUUGCCCCUUGUUAAUGAGACAGAAUUUUUCUUUAAUUAUUAUUGAGAUUCUCAGAAUUUUUAGAUUCAGAACUAAACACCAUCUUACGUUUAUCAAACCAAACACAUCAGUUAUAAGAUAUACUUUAUAUCUAAUUUCCACUAAUAUGACUGUUUUUAUGUGCUGGUGUUAAUUAGCAUCACAGUUCAGAAUUGUCAAUAAAACCGAGAGAGAUGAGACGGUCUUUGUUAAUUACGUGUCUCGUUUAAUUCGUUUAUUUGCGUGUGUAAUAGUUUAUUGUCUCUCUUCCAUCUGUGGACAGAAGCCCAUAUGCAUCUCUGAGUACCUGAAGGCAGCAUCGCGGUGUUUUUCUUGUGGGUCCUUGAAGGCAGCGUGGUUACUUGUAGUCACAGGAAGAGGCUCCAGAGCUGCAGGUUCUGUUUUAAGCAGUGUUUUUGGAGAUUUCACAUUCUGAGUCAAAACAAGCAAGUGGGAAUGUGGAAAUCAUGUGGGAAAUAACGUCUAGUGACUCUUGGUCCGUCAGGUUUUGUUCCGCUACUGGAUGUUGCCUGGGGUCAAGGGUUUCUGCUUAGGAACUCAUGAGCGUCACCUAAACGUUUACUCUGGAGACUGAAAGUUGUUCAGGUCACUGUCCCUGAUGAGCCCGUGUCAGAAGGUCCAUCCACAAUCAUCCAUUCACAUGAAAACAUGAUUCUGCUCCUUGCAUAACAUCUGUUAUCAGGGUUAACGGAUGCAUGUGUAAUUAAUUGUUUAGAUGUUCCAGAUAAAUCUUGUGUCAGUGAUGCAGUUUGUGGGAUGUUGUGUAACAGACUCAGCUGAUUGACCCCAGAGCCGGCUGCUUCUGCUCGUGGUUGGGUUUGAGGGGCUGCUUUCGUCAAACAUCAUCACAAGACCAUCAUUUUAGGACAAGACGGUGCUGAAGGAGGGAAAUCUGAUGAAACAAACCAAUUCAUUCCAGCGCUGGAAGAGACGAUACUUCAAACUGAGAGGGAGAACUCUGUACUACGCUCAGACCUCCAAGUCGAUAAUCUUUGAUGAAGUGGAUCUGACUGACGCCAGCGUCGCAGAGUCCAGCACCAAGAACGUCAACAAUAGCUUUACUGUGAUCACCCCUUGCAGACGUCUGAUCCUGUGUGCAGACAACAGGAAGGAGAUGGAGGAAUGGAUGGCAGCUCUUCGCAGUGUCCAAAACCGACAAAACUAUGAGUCCACCCAGUACAGCAUGGACCAUUUCAGUGGGAUGCACAACUGGUACGCCUGCUCUCACGCCAGACCGACGUACUGCAAUGUCUGCAAAGAGGCUCUGUCAGGAGUCACAUCACACGGUCUGUCCUGUGAAGUGUGUAAGUUUAAGGCCCAUAAACGCUGCGCAGUCCGAGCCACCAACAACUGUAAGUGGACCACACUGGCUUCCAUCGGGAAGGACAUAAUCGAGGAUGAAGAUGGGGUGUCGAUGCCUCACCAGUGGCUGGAGGGGAACCUGCCAGUCUCGGCUAAAUGUAGCGUGUGCGAUAAGACGUGUGGCAGCGUUCUGCGCCUGCAGGACUGGAGGUGCCUCUGGUGCAAAGCCAUGGUGCACUCCGGCUGUAAGGAGCAGCUGUCCCCUAAGUGUCCUUUGGGUCAGUGUAAGGUGUCCGUCAUCCCUCCGACUGCUCUGAACAGCAUCGACUCUGACGGUUUCUGGAAGGCCUCGUGUCCUCCGUCCUGCACCAGUCCCCUACUGGUCUUUGUCAACUCUAAGAGUGGAGACAAUCAGGGCGUCAAGUUCCUGCGUCGCUUCAAACAACUGCUGAACCCAGCGCAGGUGUUCGACCUGAUGAACGGGGGCCCACACCUGGGCCUGCGGCUUUUCCAGAAGUUUGAUACGUUCAGGAUUCUGGUUUGUGGAGGAGACGGCAGCGUUGGCUGGGUCCUGUCUGAGAUCGACACUCUGACACUGCACAAACAGUGUCAGCUUGGGGUUCUUCCUCUGGGGACUGGGAAUGAUCUGGCUCGGGUCCUGGGUUGGGGUUCAGCCUGUGACGAUGACACCCAGUUGCCUCAGAUACUAGAGAAACUGGAGCGAGCCAGCACCAAGAUGUUGGACAGGUGGAGCAUCAUGGUCUAUGAGACCAAGUUUCCACGGCAACACUCUGCCUCCACUGUCACUGAGGACUGCAGCGACGACUCCGAGGUUCAACAGAUCCUGACAUAUGAGGACUCUGUGGCUGCUCACCUGUCAAAGAUUUUGACUUCAGACCAGCACUCUGUCGUCAUCUCCUCAGCCAGGGUUCUGUGUGAGACGGUGAAGGACUUUGUGGCCCGUGUUGGUAAAGCCUAUGAGAAGAACACAGAGAGCUCAGAGGAGUCCGAGGCCAUGGCCAAGAAGUGUGGCGUCUUGAAGGAGAAACUGGACUCUUUGUUGAAGACUCUGAAUGAAGAGUCUCAGGCCUCCACCGUCCUCCCGCCGGCUCCUCCCCCAACCAUAGCUGAGGAGCAGGAGGAGGCUGACGGGGUCAUCCUGCCGCCUCCUCUUCAUCCCCGUCCUAUUCUUCACGCCCCCCUCAGCUCCACUCCCUGCUCUCCUCGGCCCAGCACCGCUUCCUCUGCUGCCAUCUUUAAACCCAGAGAGCAGCUGAUGCUGCGAGCCAACAGUCUGAAGAAAGCCAUCAGGCAGAUCAUCGAGCACACAGAGAAAGCUGUGGAUGAGCAGAAUGCUCAGACUCAGCAGCAGCAGGUUUUCUCUCUGAGCCGAGCUGAGGAAGACGAGGGUCUCGUGGAGGAGGAAGAGGAAGAUGAGGUGGAGGAGGAUAAGAUGUCCCUGCAGUCAUCGUACAGCAGCAGACAGCGCAGCACACGCAGAGUCUGUAAGACGCCAUGUGAGAAGCUGAUCAGUAAAGGCAGCCUGUCCCUGGGCAGCUCUGCAUCACUUCCUGUCCAGACAGGAAGUAGGGAGAACAUGCCUAUGCUCAACACGAAGAUCCUCUAUCCAGGUCUCAGAGCUGGAAUCUCUGGCUCGCUGUCCAGCAGCUCUGUGAUCAGCCGCCUGCUGGUCAACGCUGACCCCUUCAGCUGUGACCUCGACAACAUGGACUGCUACACAGAGAAAUGUGUCAUGAACAACUACUUUGGGAUCGGACUGGACGCUAAAAUCUCUCUGGACUUCAACAACAAGAGAGACGAACAUCCGGAGAAGUGCAGGAGCCGCACAAAGAACAUGAUGUGGUACGGAGUGUUGGGAACCAAGGAGCUGCUGCAUAGAACCUACAAGAACCUGGAGCAGAGGGUUUUACUGGAGUGUGACGGCCGUCCCAUCCCUCUUCCCAGCCUCCAGGGCAUCGCUGUGCUCAACAUCCCGAGCUACGCAGGAGGAACCAACUUCUGGGGUGGAACCAAAGAGGAUGACACGUUCACCGCUCCGUCCUUCGAUGAUAAGAUCCUGGAGGUGGUGGCUGUGUUCGGCAGCAUGCAGAUGGCCGUGUCGCGGGUCAUCAACCUGCAGCACCAUCGCAUCGCUCAGUGUCGGACAGUGAAGAUCACCAUCCUGGGUGAUGAAGGUGUUCCGGUUCAGGUGGACGGGGAGGCCUGGAUCCAGCCUCCAGGCUACAUUAAGAUCGUUCACAAAAACCGAACCCAGACUCUGACUCGGGACCGGGCAUUUGAGAGCACGCUGAAGUCGUGGGAAGACAAACAGAAGUGUGAGUUCCCCCGAACUCCCCCAACUUUGACCCCCCUCUCCUCACAGCCCGAGAUCGUCUCCGAGGACGAGGCGUCGCUCAUCAGCGAGUUUGGUCAGGCAGCAGGAGCUCUCAUACACAGCAUUCGAGAGGUGGCUCAGUCUCACCACAGUAUGGAACAGGAGUUGGCUCACGCUGUCAAUGCCAGCUCCAAGGCCAUGGACGUGGUCUACGCCAACUCCAAGAGCUCUGGGGCACUGAGCUGUAACGUGGUGCUUCAGAUGGUUGGGAAUGUCAAAGCUUUGCUCAGUGAGACUGAGCUGCUGCUGUCUGGGAAGAUGUCCAUGCAGCUGGAUCCUCCUCAGCAGGAGCAGCUGAAUGCAGCUCUCAGCUCUGUGGCUCAGCAGCUCCGUCGACUCGCUGAUGUUCCCUGGCUGUGUUCAGUCAUUGACCCCUCGGACCAAGAAGGGCCUUUGACAGAUUUUUCCAAACGAAGUCGGAGCACCAAAUUCCGUCUUGUUCCAAAGUUCAAAAAAGACAAAAACAAUAAGAACAAAGAGGCCUGCACUACUUUGUCUCUACCUGUUCACCAGUGGGGGACGGAGGAGGUGGGGGCCUGGCUGGACUUUCUGUGUCUCACUGAGUAUAAGGACAUCUUUAUCGGGCAUGAUGUUCGUGGAGCUGAGCUCAUCCACCUAGAAAGGAGGGACCUGAAGGACCUAGGGGUGACAAAGGUGGGUCACAUGAAGAGAAUUCUGCAGGGCAUCCGAGAACUGAACAGGAACAGCAGUGCCAGCGAGGCCUAGCAGCUGCCAGAAACGGCUACCUGUUCUCCUCCUACCUCUGCUGCCGCCAACCAUCACAUCCACCUGACCUCUGACCUCUAAUCCUGUACCAGAACCUAGCCCACACAUUUAUUCAUGAAGAGUCACUGUGGAUGGAGAAGAACCAGCACCAGGACCUUUACUGUGACAGGUUGUCUAACAUAGGACCAAACGCCUUCAUGGUGGAGGAGGAGCCAAUCAGAUGAUCCGAUAGUGCCUUGUCGCCCCCAUUCAGCACCCAGUCCGUGGGGGUGGGAGGGUGGUUCAGACCCAAACCAAACUACCUAUGUUCAGUUCACCGUCGUCAGUGUUUCAUUAAGAUUUCCUGAAGAAGUUUCCUGGUCCAGACCAACAAUUAGCUGUAGAGGUGAUGAGUGGACGGAAAGUUCUGACCCGACAGCACUGACCGCCGUGUUCUGAAAACACCAAACGAGAGACAGAGGAACCACCUGCGCAGACCCUGUGAACCCACAGACAUGCUGCUUGAACCGAGGCGUUCAGGUUUCAGGUCCCACAGUGGGUUAAGUUAAGUUUGUUAUCUUAACUGAGGUGUGUGGAGUCGUGGGAAGGAUUAUUGUAUAGUACAUGAAUAUUGCACAGAAGACAUUUUUCAACAUUUCCACUGAUGCAGCAUCAUACAGUUUACCGGAAGUGUGACAAAUCAACGUUUUAGAGGGUUUCGAGGUAAAAACCACUUCACUCGUUAACAUGACGAGUGACAGGAACGGGUGGAGAUCUUUACAGUGUUGGUGCUGAAGCCUCGUAGCAGCACUAAGGCGGCCCUGGAGUCCGGAGUGAGCCCUGAGCCCUGCCAACCUGGACCCGGAUGCAACAGAACCCUUUGUCUUUUUUAUGACUUUUAGAGACCCAGACGCUGUUUCAUGUCUCCAGUGUGAAACAGGAACGCACACACAGACUGGAGGACCAGACCUCUGCGUGAACACAUUUAUGUCUUGUAUUAACUGUGUUUGUGUUUAGUUUAGCCUGUUUGUGGUAAAAGCUGACGAAGGGACGGACGCGUCCGAACCGAUUGGCAGAUUCCUGUCUGACGACGAUGACUCUGCUUCUCCAGCUCCGUUUCCUUCCAACUGACAACUGAAAGCAGAGUUCAGGACCAAACGAACCGAAGAGUAGUAGUAGAUUAGCAUCUGAUUUUCAUUAUUCUGUGACGGACCGGUCGCGGUCGUCUCACCUGAUCUGGGUUCUAACAACCGAACAGCGGCUGCAGGUGAUGAUCCAGUUAGUGAUCUGUCGCAUAUCUUUCUAAAUACUGUGUUUAUUUGAACUGAGGAUUUGGAUGCUGUGAAAAGGAACCUGCUGGUUUCUGAACGUAGACUAGUUCAGAUCACUGAUCCCAAAAAAACUAAGCUUGUUUCUUUCGUCUUUAAACACAAUCCAUUUUGCUGUAUCGAUCAGCAGCUGUGAAUCAACCUGCACAUGAACAAGCUCAUCCUAAACCUGGUGAUUCAGUGUUUACAGGGUUUAAAGGUUUUAACCUUUAGCACAUGUUGCCUUAAUCAUUUUUCCAUCACACGUGUCAGUCGCACAUGGGCUUCACUUCAAACCUGCAGGAGACACAUGGAUCCAUGUGCUGCCUUCAGGCUCCACCGUCUGUCCUGAACAGUAACAGAACCCGGUCCUAAAUUGAUCAGAUCUCUUUAAAGUUUGUUUUUUCCUUGUGUUUUUCAACACUUUUUUUAUUGCUGUAAGUAUAAAUAUUUUUCAUAUUUGUCACAUAUUUGUCUUGUGUCCAAGACAAUGCUGAUAUGCGUUUGCAUUGAUAUUUAUGUCUGGAUCCAGAUCAGAUGAUGUGCAUCUGUUCUUAAUCAGUGUUUAUGUUCUUGCUUCAUAUCGUUGCCAAUGUGCUUUUAUCAGAGGGUCUGAAUCUUGUAGAACAAAAGUUCUUCUCAAAGUGUCACCUGAACUCACUUUACCGAUUUGUGUCGAGAAUGAAGAAUGAAUGAAGACUGAUGACGAUUUGACAACCUCUGAUUUGUUGCACUCUGAGGUUUUUGGUUUCUGUUGUUGAUAAUCUUCAAAAAAAUAAAAACCUCUGACGAAUAAA